AUGCCAGGUGUGAUCCCAGCAACUACAAAUGCGACAAUCUACCAAACAGAUAUCAAACAGGCCGACCAAAUAGUCCUACAGACUGUUGCUGCAUACGCUGUUAUCUUUGGAGCUGUGCGAUCCCACCGGCUAGGUAUUCCCUGGAAAUGUUCCUCUCUUCACCAAAAUUACUACGAGAAUCUAUUCACGAUGGCCGGUCUCGUCGACCCAGAGACAAACCACCCGAAUCCUACACACAUAUCCUGCUUCCGCCGCUUUGGUAACCUUAACGCUGAGCACGGCCAGGCCCUAACAGUCUUCUCGGCUUUAGUAACAGCCUCAUCCCUCACCGAUCCAGUGUCUUGUCUGAUAGCUGCUGUGACUGCCGCCCACGGGCCCUUACAUUUUGGGGCAACAGAGUCCGCUCAACGUGCUCUCCAUGACAUUGGAGACCCAAAUAAUGUCCCCGCCUUCAUUGAAGAGAUAAAAUGUGGAAAGCGGAAAUUAUUCGGCUACGGUCAUCGCACCUAUAAGGGAAUGGACCCACGUGUGCGUCCCAUCCAAAGUAUCCUGAAAGAUUUGUCCGGUGUUCAACAACCGCUACUAAAAGUUGCCCAAGCAAUUGAGGAGUGUGCCUCGAAGGAUGAGUACUUUAGCUCGCGGGGCUUAUAUCCCAACGCGGACUUUUACGGUAACUUUGUGUUUACUGGAAUGUAA